AUGUCAGAGGAGGAUUUUGAAAACGAGAACGACGUGCCGCCCCGAAUUUUUAUUAAUAACCUUAACAACUACCUAAGCAGAAAUUUGGCCGUGCACCUUGCCACCUGUAAACCUGGACAAACUGUGGAUGUGGAAGAUGGGUUUGAGGGAGGCGACAUGGCGGGUGAUAAGGGGAAUCAGAAUGAAUCAGACUUGCCGUCGCAACAGAAACCCAGUGGAUAUCGCAUCGUGGGCACAGUUUCUCAACCUGGCGCUGAAAUUCCGAAAUUCGUCGAGACAAUCCUCAAUUACGAGGAUCGACGGGAUUUUUACGAACACAUCUUCGAAUGUGACUGCAUAAUCUACGACAUCACCUCGGAUCAAAGUCAGUUGGAUGAGGCUUUGUGGGUUGCCUCAUCAAUAGCACAGGAUUAUGCACGUAUUCCGACGAAAAAGGUCUUCUUGCUGAUAACACACCUCCUAAGUUGGCUCGACUCGAAGACCGACAGUCAGGUACGGACUCACUUAGCCGUAACUGCCUCUCUGAGAAGAAGGAAAAGAUAA